CUUACAUGCUUCAAAGUUCUAAACUUCAAAACAACUACUCCAAUCUUACCACCGUUGGGACAACGGGUCAAAGUACAACAAUCUUGGAAACUAAUUGUAGUUGUAUUAUUUUUGGUGCAUGCAGUGCACGAUCCUUGCUGCAAUUUGGAAACUCGAAUAAAUAUCAUUUGGCACUAUCUAAAACAGUGAGCCCUGCCCCUGUGGAUCAGAUUCUGGCACGUGUCUUUUUCAAGAAAUUUUCCUCUACUCUGUGAACUAGAAAUGACAAGUGGCCACAUCAAGAAGAAGAUCUCAGCUGCAUCUGCCAGUGCUCACACCAGAACUAACCGAGCUAAAUCCAGUUCAUUUCCAGCAAUGAUUGCACCUAUAGUGGUAGCUUUGACAGUGGGUCUCCUGGGAUGGGCUUAUCAGACAACAAAGCCACCCCCUCCGAAGAUAUGUGGCUCACCAGAUGGGCCUCCUGUAACUUCUCCUAGAGUUAAGUUCAGUGAUGGGAGGCAUUUGGCUUACAGGGAAGCCGGAGUUCCAAAGGAAGAGGCAAAGCACAAAAUUGUUGUCAUUCAUGGCUUUGACAGCUCCAAAGAUCUGAAUUUACCUGCUCCUCAAGAACUUAUAGAGGACCUCAAGAUCUAUUUCCUCUUCUUCGACAGAGCAGGUUAUGGAGACAGUGACCCAAAUCCAUCACGCUCAGUGAAGAGUGAAGCAUAUGAUGUUCAAGAAUUAGCUGACAAGUUGCAGAUCGGUUCUAAGUUUUAUGUGAUUGGGAUUUCAUUGGGAGCCUACCCUAUUUACAGUUGCUUAAAAUACAUACCUCAUAGAUUGGCAGGAGCUUCUCUGGUGGUUCCUUUUGUCCACUACUGGUGGCCUUGUCUUCCUGCCAAUUUAUCAAGUGAGGCGUUCAACAGGUUGCUUGCACAGGACCAAUGGUCAUUUCGAGUUGCCCAUUACACCCCUUGGUUAUUCUACUGGUGGAUGACCCAGAAAUGGUUCUCUUCAUUGAGCAUUAUGGCUGGUAACAUGGCAAUAUUUAGCCAAAGUGAUUUGAAGAUCUUGGAGAAGUGGUCAGAAGCCCCAAAUGUUGGUCAGGAAAAGAUUCGACAACAAGGUGUUUAUGAAUCUCUGCAUCGAGAUAUAAUGGUCAGUUAUGGAAAGUGGGAAUUCGAUCCCAUGGAUCUAGUUAAUCCUUUCCCUGACAAUGAGGGCUCAGUCCAUGUUUGGCAAGGUUAUGAGGACAGAAUCAUUCCAUAUCAAAUAAAUCGUUAUCUCUCAGAAAAGCUUUCUUGGAUUCAUUACCAUGAGGUUCCUGAUGCUGGGCACCUUCUGAUUUUUGACAGCAAAAACUGUGAAGCUGUUUUACGGGAACUUUUGCACGGAUAAGAACUCAAAUCUUAUACUAAGAUCUAUAUGUGCUGCACUCAAUGUUGUACUUUGUUUAGUGAACUAUUCAAUUUCUUGCAUGUGUGAUUUUUCUUUAUUUAGUGAACUGUUCAAGGGUGUGGUUGGAUCACCUGCUGCUUAUCAGGGAUUGAGAGCUCAUUUGAAUUUUUUUUUGUUGGGACAUUUGGGUUUGACACUGCUUCCUCAAACUUGAAAAGAAACGAGUUUAUGUCGGGCAUUUGAGUUUAACAUAGAAUUGAAGCCUUAUUUGCAUCUCAGUGACGAACUAUGUCUAAAAUCAAGCCUUUCCUUCCUUGAGCUUAGUAUCUUUUGUCAGGACAUGGUGAUAGGGUCCCCCCCUUUUACGCAACACAUUUAUGUCUGAAGACAUGAAAGGGAAGAGAGGGAUAUAUGAGGUUUUUUCCAGCUAGAGCCCCUGGGCCCUGGCCCCCUUGGAGUCCUGCAAGUGGUCGGUGGUCCUCCAAAAUUUUGUCAAAAAUCUACCAAGAUUGCGCCAGUUCAAUUGGCUCCAUGACACCAUAAUUGUUGUUUACCUUAUGACUUUCAAUAAUGAAAUUGUGUUGCAUUUGCUGCCGCUCUCCGAUGCUUUCAUUUGAAACUGUUUAAACUUACUGGGGAAUGGUGGAAGCCUUUACUAUGUCACAUGUAUAAUUUCACUAGUCUAGCUAGAAGAUUAUAAAUGCUCAAUCCCGCAUUAUAUACUUCGAAGAUCUGUUAAAUUAAU